AUGGCUGCCCCUCGAACAUCAGCCACUCGUCGGCUGGUAUCGCUAUCGGUACAACACGCCCGAUGCUACUCUGCUCCUACCGACGGCGCAAUCCCACCUACCAAGGCCAAAUAUGUCCCUACCGAGGGAACCUACCCCAAGGGUUUCGUUGUUGGCAGCGCACAUGCCCAAGUCAAGGCUUCAAACACAAAGUUCGACGACCUCGCCUUGAUCGCCUCUGAAAUCCCCUGUCCUGCUGCUAUCGUCACUACUCAGAACCAUUUCCAGGCUGCUCCUGUGAGCAUCAGCAAGAAGAUUAUGUUCCAGCAAAAAAGCUGGAAUAUCAGAGGUGUUGUAAUCAAUUCGGGAUGCGCCAAUGCUGUCACCGGAAAGGGUGGCCGUGAAGAUGCCAUCCGCAUGGCCAAGACUACCCAUGACCUCUUGAACAAGCGCAAUCCGAAUGUAUCCAGCAUUCGCACCUUGGUUAUGAGUACUGGUGUUAUUGGUCAACGCCUUCCUAUCGACCGCAUCGAAGCAAAGAUCCCCACCCUCGUAGAGUCCCUGGGCAACACCCACGAACACUGGCUUCGCUCAGCUCGCGCCAUUUGCACAACUGACACCUUCCCAAAACUUCUCUCUCGCCAGUUCACUCUUCCCUCGUAUCCCGGCAUCACCUUCUCCAUUGCCGGCAUGACCAAAGGAGCCGGUAUGAUCCAUCCCAACAUGGCUACCCUUCUUGGUGUCGUUUGUACAGACGCUCCCAUUCAUAAGACUGCUUUAAGGACACUUCUCUCCACAGCCACAAACUCUUCCUUCAACCGUAUCACUGUUGACGGUGACACCAGCACAAAUGACAGCGUUGCCCUCUUUGCAAACGCUGCCGCUGCUCCUAACAGCGACCGCAUCCAUCUCCAAGGUCUCGAGCCAAAAGACAUUCCUAGAAGAGGCUCCUCUAUGGAGGGCGAAACACUCGAGAAGCAGUCAGAAGAUUACAAGGAGAUGAACAAGGUCUUGACAUCUUUCAUGGCCGAUCUGGCCAAGCUUAUCGUCCGCGACGGCGAAGGUGCUACCAAGUUCGUCACCGUCAAGGUAACGAAAGCUGACAACAACAACGCCGCUCAUGCUGUUGCCAACUCUAUUGCUACCUCGGCCCUUGUGAAGACUGCUCUGUACGGCAAAGACGCCAACUGGGGCCGCAUCCUCUGUGCCAUCGGAUAUGCUCCCGGCCACACUUGCAUUCGCCCCCAAGAAACCUCUGUCUCUUUCAUCCCCGCCGACGGUACCGAGGAGCUCAAGUUGCUAGUCAAUGGCGAGCCUCAAGCUGUUGAUGAAGCUCGCGCUGCCGCCAUCCUCGAGAUGGAAGACUUGGAAAUUCUCGUCAAGCUGAGCAACAAGGAGAAGGAUGUCGGUGAAGCCACUGUCUACACCUGCGACUUCAGCCACGAAUAUGUUACCAUCAACGGUGACUACAGAACUUAG